AUUUCCUGAUAGAUGGCGCGUGGAAUUUUUUUAUUUUAAAGUCCCUAGAUAUUAUUAUUUGAAAUUUUAUUAUUAAAUCUAAUUUUUAACAUUGAAUUAAUUAGAAAUAUUAAUUUUAGAGUGACUUAUUUAUAACAUAUUGAUUUCUAUAUUAUAAAAUAUUAUAAAACUCGAAGAGUUGAAACAUUUACAAAGUUUUCUAACAUGUAUUUUUAACCUAAAAAUAAAGUGAUUUUGUAAAUAGUACAGCACCACAAGAAAAAAUGAAUAUUCAAAAAUUAUUAAGUUUGCAAAGGCCCACUUUCUGCAUUGUACAAAUAUGUGGUAUAAAGAAUUUUAAGCCACCUGAAAACUUUGAUCAUAUUGAGAUUCCUGAGCGUCCAAGACUUCGUUAUGUGGAUAAAGUACCAACGUUACCUGCCACUGUAAAACCACCAAAAAUGCAGAAAAGAUUGAGAUACAUGCGAGGUUAUGAAGAUAUUCACAACACCUUACAACUCAAGCAGUUUGGUAUCAUUGCUGAGGGAGGAGGUAGAUUAAAAUUUGGUCAUUUUGAAGUAAUCCGUAUGACAAUUGGUAGAAAAAUGGACAAUACUCGAAUGUUUGCAUUAUGGAGAAUAGAUCCACCAUGGCAGCCAGUGACCAAACGAGGUCAAGGGAUGAGAUUGGGAGGUGGCAAGGGGCCUAUAGAUCAUUAUGUAACUCCAAUUAAAGCAGGAAGGGUUAUAGUUGAAAUGGGUGGCAAAUGCACCUUUGAAGAGGUUGAACCCUUCUUGUCAGAUAUAGCCAUGAAAAUGCCGUUCAAAGCGAAGGCAGUGUCUCAGGAGAUGUUGGAGGAAAUGGAAGCAAACGAAAAAUGGAUUGAGGAAAACAACCAAAAUCCCUACACGAUGAAAUACAUUAUUCAAAAUAAUAUAGGAGGCUGCCACAAGUGGUUGUCGCCAGUAGAUUUUAAAUAUUUUGGAAAACAUCGUUAGGUCGUUUGUGAUAUAUCAAUAAAUAUUUUAAGAGUACAAAUAUAAGUAGUUUUUUGUAAUGCGAUCAGCUUAAUAUAUAUUAAAAAUAGUUAUGAAUAA